AUUUCUAGUUUGACCCCGCUCACUCAAUAAAAUCCCACAAUCUGCCCCAUAAACCCCAUUUGUCAUUGAGAAUAAGUAGACCCAACCCAAUUGGAUUUGGGCAUAUAUCAGUUUCUUCUCCGAUCCAGUAUCUGUGAAAAUUUCAAUGGCGGCGACCAGCGGCGAUGUGGAGGCUGGCUUCGCCAAGCUUCAAGGCGAAGACUUUGAGUACUACAUGCAGACCUACUCCAUAAUCCUGGGCCGGAAUUCCAAGAAAUCAACGGUGGACGUCGACCUCUCGAGCCUCGGCGGCGGCAUGAACAUUUCGCGCCACCACGCGCGAAUCUUCUACGAUUUCACACGGCGCCGUUUCGCGCUCGAGGUCCUCGGCAAGAACGGCUGCCUCGUCGAGGGCGUGCUCCACCUUCCCGGAAACGCGCCGGUCAAGCUCGACUCGCAAGACCUUCUUCAGAUCGGCGACAAGGAGUUCUAUUUUCUGUUGCCGGUGAGGAGUAUUCUCGGUGGGCCUGUGGGCCCCAGGCAUUACGCCGCCUCGGUGGCGGUGCCGAGCCCCGUGGGCCCGGCUCAUUACGGGUACCAUUCGGGUUCGGGGACCGGGCCGAUUGUGAAAAAGGGGAGGGGGAGGGAGUUUUAUGAGGAGGAGUAUGAGGAAGAGGAGGAUGUUGGUGGUGGUGGUGGCGGUGGUGGGAGUGGGAGUGGGAAGAAGAUGAGGAGAGAAGGGUAUGAGGGUUUUGCGUAUGGUGGUGGGUCGGGUUCUGGGUCAGGCAAGGCCGGAGCUUUGGAGAAGAAGGGAGAUGGAAGAUCAAGGGUUGAUCGAGACACUGAUAAUCAGCAACUUCUGCAUUUGGAGGAAAAGGAUGUUGUGUCAUCUGUUGCUACAGUGCUCUCUGAUCUUUGUGGUCCUGGAGAAUGGAUGCCUAUGGAGAAACUUCAUACUGAGUUGGUCGAGCAGUAUAGCAGCAUUUGGCAUCACACUCGAGUACGGCGGUAUCUCACUUCUGAGGACUGGCCUGGCCCUGAGUCAAAAGGGAAACCAUGGUACGGCUUGCUUAUGUUGCUAAGAAAAUACCCAGAACACUUUGUCAUCAACACAAGGUCCAAGGGCCGUGUAACGCUGGAAUUUGUUUCUCUUGUCUCUCUGCUUUCAUAAAAUUGUAAGACAUCACAGGGAGGUUCUUUGAUGCUGAUCUGUUACAAUGUAGUUUACAAUUGUGGUGAGUUGUGGAGUAGCAAUAUGAGCUCUAGACCCCAGCUUGGGUAGAUGUAAAACGAUUAGCAAUGAUAUUGGCUAAUGGCUUUUUUGUACAUGAUGGUAAGGAUACUUUUUUAUCCCUUGAACAAGUUUGUUUUUUCUUUCCAUUGAUGUGUUUUCUUUU